GUUCAGGAGCUUUCGAAAGGUGCGUUGGACUUUGCGCGCAGCUGCGGUGGCCAGCCUCCGGAAGAUGGCAUCAUGCAACGUUUAUCAGCGAUAGGAACAAUGGGCAAGCACGCGAGCAACGCAGAGCGCGACCUCCAUUUUGUUCUCAAGCAAAUUUCUUUGCAAGUUCCAGUGGAUAAAAUCAAGGUGCGUUUCCAGCAUCCGUCAUCAGGAGAGAUUCGAGAAACUGAUUUUCCAUGCAUUUUGCCAGAGAAGUUUGCGGCCAAGUUGUGGCAGAUGGGUGAGGAUUAUUUCCGGUUUUACUUCCUUGCAAAUGAUGAAACUGCUGCUAGAGAUUUGUGGAGGCAUGUCAGUGCAAGGCCAUGGGCGUCUGGCGUGGACAGAAAUUCCAAAGUCGUCAUCCCUAUAACGCUGUAUGGGGAUGAGGUGUACACAUACAAGGCCACGGAUUGCGGCGUGAUCACAGUCUACGCGUGGAGCACUGACUACCUGACAUGCGCGCACGGGCCUCUGGACAGGUAUUUCCUCAUAUGUGCCCACUCGCAAUAUCUUGAGGCGGACGUGACCUGGACAGACCUGAGCAAGCAGCUUGCUGCGCACUUCACAGCCCUUUGCUCGCAGGAAUGGCCGUGGUCCCACAAAUACGAAUUUCGCUUUUCCAGCGUGACGGGAUCUGCGCUUGUAUAUUGCUGCGAACGUGGCUUCUGGGGAGCGAUUCAAGGCAAGUACGAGGAGGCCCUGGCAGCUUCCCUGAGAACUGCGUAUGUGGAGUUUUCCAGAUGGAAUGCACUGCAACCAAAGAAGGUAACGCACCCUCGCUUUACUUGCGCGCGUCUCAAUCGCAAGAACAAGAGCAAGCACCCGGCCUUGAAUUCCAAAGGAGCCGCCAGCAAGGCACUGACGCACUGGUUGGCAGAUGUGACGGCCAAUAUGGCCAAUGCCGAUGGCGCCAUUUUUUUGGACAAGCAGGUUGCGACUUGCGUUGCGGCGUAUUCGAGAAUGUUGAAGGCCAUGGACGAGGCUCCACUUUUGCUGUCUGAGGCCGAAGCCAACAGAAUCUACAAGCUCGGGCAGCUGCAUUUGGAGACGUAUUCUGCCUUGCGUAGAAAGAGCAGUCGAGUGUUCGGAGCCAAUGCACUCAACAAGUGCAUGUGGGUGCUUCUCCCGAAGCACCAUCAUUUGCUCCAUAUGCUGACGGAUUGCGUGCUGGAAGACCGACUCAACCCGCGGUGUCAGACGCUCUUCUGCGGAGAGUCUUUCAUAGGUCAUGUUGGCCGCAUGGCGAAGACAUGUCAUCGCUCCAGCUUGCCUAUGCGCCUCUUGCAGAGGUAUAAAACCCUCAUGGGGCUGAAAGCGCAAGACCUCAUUUCUGAAUGA